AUGGGUGGACAAGUCUCUUUGGUUUCCAGUAACUGUCCUCCAGAACUUGACUGGUUAUAUACUUCUAACUCUGAGGAAGCAAAAGAAUUUCGUACGUAUGUUCGAACAUAUAACAAUUGCUUUGCUUUCACAUCUUUUGGAGUCAAAUAUGACAAGGAAUUGUGUCGGAGAAAUAAAGGAAUCUAUACAUUCAGGAUACAAGGUCAAGUUUAUCACUUCAUUAAUGAGCUUACAUCUUCUGAUGAAAAUCUUAGUCAUCUACAGCUCUACUUUUAUGACACUGAUCAUGAAAUCCAAAACAGAAUGAAAUCUUCCGAAAAGCUAAAUCCUGUUAUUCUUGAAAGGCUCAUAAAGAUUUCACAUCUAAAUCCAUAUUCAAUCUUCUUCAGGAGAUUAGAACACAUAGAUCCUUUGAACUCUGUACAAAUUAUUAUUAGAUCUGAUGUAUCAUUAGAUCAGAGAGUCUACAAUCAACCUUCAACCUCACAAGUGGCAGCAAUUUGGUCUGAAAAUGAUGUCUUAACCAAAGAAAUCUCAAGAGAUAUUGUUGUUCAUCAAAUUUCUGAUCAUAGUGAAAAAGUUCAAUGGUAUUUUGGAUGUUAUGACCCAUUACAAUAUCCAUUGUUAUUUCCAUAUGGUGAAUCUGGAUGGCAUUAUGGUAUUGAGAGAGUUGACAAAAACCAAACAAAAAUCACAUGCCAUCAACAAACUAUUCUUAGUGUUCAUCAAGCUACUACUGUUUCAGACCUUCUCAUAAAAGAAGCCCAAGUGUUUCAGAAACAAAAGAAUAAGAAAACUACCAUUUCUUGUCGUGAAUACUACUGCUACAAGCUUCAAAUACGACCCAAUGAUUCUUCAAUCUUACUCCGCUCUGGUCGUCUCUUUCAGCAGUAUUGUGUUGAUAUGUAUGUCAAGAUUGAAACAUCUAGACUUCAAUUCUUUCGAAACAAACAAAGAGAAAUUAGGGCUGAUUUGUAUCAAGGAAUCAUAGACAGUGUCACAACGGGUGAAGGUAGAGGUUCAAAGAUUGGUCACAGGGUUAUACUACCACCGUCAUUCAUAGGUAGUCCAAGAGAUCUUAGACGUCGAUAUGUUGAUGCAAUGUCUUUGGUCCAGCGAUUUGGCAAACCUGAUAUCUUUCUUACAAUGACUUGUAAUCCAGCAUGGCCAGAGAUUAAAGCUGAGUUAGGACCUAAUGAAGAAGCUCAAAAUAGACCAGAUUUAACCUCUCACGUUUUUAGAGCAAAAAUGGAACAACUGAAGGAUGACAUCAUAAAACAUCAAAUCUUUGGGAAAGUCAUUGCAUAUGUUUACGUCAUUGAAUUUCAAAAGAGAGGUCUUCCACAUAUGCAUCUAUUGUUAAUUCUAGCACCUGGACAAAAGCCUUUAUCUCCUGAUACUUAUGAUUCAAUCGUAUCUGCUGAACUUCCUGAUCAAAAAAAACAUCCUCAUUUGUUUUCUAUGGUGGUGAAACACAUAAUGCAUGGACCUUGUGGUGAAAUGAAUCCAAACAACAUUUGCAAGAAGAAUGGAAAAUGCAAAAAUCAUUAUCCCAAAAAUUUUGAACCUAUAACAAGAUCUUCCAAAGACUCAUACCCAAUAUACAAGCGUCGUGCUGAUGCUGUCAAAUAUUUGUACAAGUAUAUUUACAAAGGCCAUGAUAAAAUUGCAUUCCAUAUUGUUCAAGAAAAUCAAUCAGAAAUCAUAGAUGAAAUCCAACAAUUUCAGUCCGCAAGAUGGAUUUCACCUCCAGAGGCAAUGUGGAGAAUUUAUGCAUUCUCUUUGAAUGACAUAUACCCAUCAGUAAUCCAUCUUCAAAUCCACCUUGAACACCAACAAUUUGUUACUUUCAAUCCUUCAGAUGACCUAAAUUCUGUGUUAAAUGAUCCCAUCCGUUCGAAAACAAUGUUGACUGAAUUCUUUUUAAUGAACAAGUCAAAUGAGAAGGCGAAGCUUGGAAAAUAUUUAUAUAAGGAAUUCCCUGAACAUUUUGUUUGGUGGCAACAAGAUAGAAUGUGGACUGAGCGAAAAAAGGGCAAUGUUAUUGGGCGCAUUGUCACAGCACAUCCUACACAAGGUGAAAGAUAUUACCUUAGGUUACUUCUAAACAACAUCAGAGGCCCUACAUCAUUUGAAUCCUUGAGAACCAUAAAUGGAAGAAAAGCAAAAACUUUUCGAGAAGCUGCCCUUCUCUAUGGUCUUUUACAAUCAGACAACAAUUUUGAACAAUGCUUGGAGGAAGCAAUCUCUUACCAAAUGCCUUACUCUCUAAGAAGAUUGUUUGCAACCAUUCUCAUUCAUUGUGCUCCUAAUAAUCCAAAGCAGUUGUGGGAAAAAUUCAAAGACUACAUGGCAGAGGAUUAUGCCAAAACAACAAAUCUUUCAAAACAAGAAAUUUUCAAAAAAGUUCUACAGAGCAUCAAUUCAACUCUUCAAUCAAUGGGCAAAAAUAUCAAAGAUUUCAAUAUUUGCUCUGACAACAUGCUCUCAUCUGAUAAUCAAGAGACUUGUCGUGAAAUUGAAGAAGAAAUGAAUAUUGUUGUUUCUGAAGCUGAUUACCAGGUCUUCUCAGGAAAUCAAGGGUGUUUUUUCAUAGAUGGUCCUGGAGGCACUGGUAAGACCUUUUUAUACAAGGCAUUGUUGGCAGCAAUUAGAUCCAAGAAUUACAUUGCUCUUGCAACAGCAACAUCUGGAGUAGCAGCUUCUAUUCUCCCAGAAGACCGCACAGCCCAUUCUCGUUUCAAAAUACCUAUAGAUGUUGAUACAUAUAAAUCUUGCAACAUAGGUAAACAAACUGGGCUUGCAAAUCUUUUGAGAACUGCAAAACUAAUCAUUUGGGAUGAGGCACCUAUGGCCAAGAGGCAAAACAUUGAGGCAUUAAAUGAUAUGCUGAAGGAUAUCAAUGAGUCAGAGUUACUCUUUGGAGGCAAAGUUAUAGUUUUGGGUGGUGAUUUUUGA